AAAUACAAACAUUUGAUAAGAAAUACGCACUCUAUCUUGAAAACAAGCAUUAAUUGAAAAUAGAAGUUCAAAGUGCUGCAGUUGCUCUAACUUUUUACAAAACUAUUAAACUUAAUUAUUGACAUUGUUAUUCAGUGCAUUUUCACUGAACUAUUUUAAUUGCUUUAACUAAACAUAUUCAUAUAACAAAAUGCUGCCUCUUCUACGCGCUGCUGCCGGCUUUACUCCCGCCAUGCGGGUGUUCCAAAAGACGACACGUCUGCAGCAAGUGCGUCAUUUGAAUUUACUGGAGUGCAAUAGCAAGGAGCUAUUGCAGAAAUAUGGUGUCGCCAUACAGGAGUUCAAAGUAUUGGAAAAUUCCGCUGACGAUGCGCAGUUAAUAAACCAGUUUGACUGCCCAGAAUAUGUGGUGAAGGCACAAAUACUGGCGGGGGGUCGCGGCAAAGGUACUUUUGACAAUGGUUUCAAGGGAGGCGUACAUUUGACAAAGAAGAAGGAUGAAGUGCUCUCGCUUACCAAACAAAUGAUUGGCAAUCGUCUAAUCACCAAACAAACACCUAAAUCAGGUAUUUUGGUUAAGAAGGUAAUGGUAGCUCGCAGCGUAAAUAUCACACGUGAAACAUAUCUUUCAAUUGUAUUGGAUCGUGAACACAAUGGACCAGUGCUUAUUGCCUCGCCUGCUGGUGGUAUGGACAUUGAAGCGGUCGCCGAACAAACACCAGAGAAAAUUAAGACUGUACCUUUAGAUCUGGAUAAACCAAUACCGCAGAACACACUCAUCGAAAUAGCUAAAUUCCUGGAGUUUAAAGGACCUUGCGUAGAACGUGCCGCUGGUGAGAUACAAAAGCUCUUCGAUCUCUUCAAAGCUGUCGAUGCCACACAAAUCGAGAUUAAUCCACUAGCAGAAACAGAUACCAACGAAGUUAUCUCCGUUGAUGCCAAGUUAAACUUUGACGAUAACGCUGAGUAUCGGCAAAAAGAAAUUUUCGCUUUGCACACUGCCGAGGAGGACACAGAUCCACGUGAAGUGGAAGCAGCCAAAAAUAAUCUCAAUUAUGUAGCGAUGGAUGGCAAUAUUGGUUGUCUGGUGAAUGGUGCUGGGCUCGCCAUGGCCACCAUGGAUAUCAUCAAAUUGAAUGGUGGUGAGCCAGCGAAUUUCCUCGAUGUUGGCGGUGGCGUUAAAGAGCAACAAGUGCUGAAAGCCUUCCAAAUAGUCACUUCAGAUCCGAAAGUUAAAGCUAUACUGGUGAAUGUAUUUGGUGGUAUUGUCAAUUGUGCUACCAUUGCUAACGGUGUUGUUGCUGCCUCGAAAACGCUCAAUCUGAAAGUACCGCUUAUUGUGCGCUUGGAGGGCACAAAUGUAGAUGCGGCCCGAAAAAUACUAAAGGAUUCUGGUUUGGCUAUACAAACAGCGGUGGAUUUGGAUGACGCCGCGCACAAAGCUGUGGCGGCAUUGCAUUAAAGCGCUCUGCAGCAGCUCCCAUAGCUUUAGUUGGACGGAAACUGAUUCGCAAACACAAAAGUGCAUUUUUAUAUAACAUUUAUAAAAUAAUCAAAUUAAGUUCACAGGCAGGCAUUUCUCCAACAACAACAACAAAGUCGAAUGGUUAAAUCAUUUUAGUGUUUUAUUGAUUUGGUGUACAAAACAUUAUAAAAUGUUUAUAGCAGUUUUCAAAUUAAAUGUUCUUAGCAAAUUGUUAAUAGAAAGUGACAUAAAAGUAAAUGUUUAGUUGUUGUAAAAGUAGUUACAAGAAAUCUGACAAAUAAAAUCUGAAAUAGAA